AUGAUGGCUUGUUCUUCUCUCCUGACCGCACCCACCUCCAAGCCAACGCCACCGCUCGCCUCCCUUUCCUCCCGGCCUGUUGCCUCUUCAUCUUUAUCCCCGCCCACCGCCACAUCCGGCGCUUCCCCGGGCGGCAGCCGAGCCAUGACGGGCCGUCGGGAACUGGCGUUGGCCCUGUCGACCUCGGCGACGUUGCUGCUCCUUCCGGCAGCCCCCCCGGCGCUCGCCACGUCGGACGAGGAGUACGUGAGGGAGACGGCGGAGGUGAUCAACAAGGUGCGCAACACCGUCGGCAUGGACAAGAAGGACCCGAACGUGGCGGUGGCCGUGGCGGAGCUGCGGGAAGCGUCCAACACCUGGGUGGCCAAGUACAGGAGGGAGAAGGCCCUGCUGGGGCGCGCCUCUUUCAGGGACAUGUACUCCGCCCUCAACGCCGUCUCCGGUCACUACAUAAGCUUCGGCCCCACGGCGCCCAUUCCCGCCAAGCGCAAGGCCCGCAUCUUGGAGGAGGUGGACACCGCCGAGAAGGCUCUUCUCCGUGGGAGGUAGGCGUGUAGGCCUACUACCUCAUCAUCUCUGUAUCCAGUUUUUGCUUUUAACUGAGAUGCAUUGUAUUCGGGUCGCUCGUUGCAUUGAUAUACUUUGGACGUAUGUCAACUCAUAUUUCUGUAACCGGUUGAAAAGCUAAUGCUGCUGCUGCUGCUGCUGCUUCAUUUCUUCUUCA